AUGUGUUUGCAGAUCUUGACUGAUGACGCCGUUGAUACAGCUAGCUCGACACUCACAGCACCCUCGUCCUCCGGCGGUUUGCUCGAACGCCGCUCUCGCUCCGCCAGACAUGACACACAGCGUCCCCCUCGUACCGCCUACCGCAAGUACUUCACCACCGAGGCAAGCACCAAUCCCCUCACGACACACGACCCGUGUCGGCCUUUAUCUCAUCACCCGAGAAAGGGUGGUUGCAAUGCCAUUGUGCGGUGGAAAAAGGACCGGAACUGCCUCAACCUCCGGAGUGCCCAAUGGCCCAAUACGAUACGCGAGCUAUCCUUUGGGACGUAUGUACCGCUCUUGUUGCAGUCCUCUCCUGCGUCAUACGCUUGUCUCUUUAAAGUCACGGCCGCGUUUUGUACUGAGUCUCACAGUCAUGAGCUGUAUCAGUGUAUCCAUAUACGAACGCCCUCGAUACUCUCGAGGACUCCCUCCAUCCCUGGUCCAACCUGA